AUCUCUUCUGGAGCUGAAAGUUCUCACUUAUGCUCGUUCAUGGCGGUGUCCGGGCUCCUCAGUGCGAUCUUUCUUCUACUCUUCCAAGCCAGAAGCAAGAUGACACUGGGCUAUAAAGAAGAAGAUUUUUUCACAGCUUGCCCUCCUUCCAACUGGGGAAAAGGAGGCCUAGAGGUCAGAUACCCUUUCCGAGUAGAAUCCAGUCCAUCACACUGUGGUGCCCCGGGCCUCGUUCUCUCGUGCUGGGGAAACGAAACCCUCCUCUCACUACCCGACUGGGGCUCCCAUAAGGUGAUUGACAUCGACUACGUAGAAUCCUUAAUAACGAUCCGGCUUGGAGACCCGUGGUCUGGCUGCCAGCUGCAAAACUUCAGCUCCGCCAGCCUCACCACGACAGUUUACACACCUCUUAUGGCAUCGGCCAGUUUGGUGAACUGUUCAAAAGCAUGGAAUUACGGGAGCGGGCCCUUAAGAGAGGCGUAUGGCGUGACACCGAUCUCAUGCUUGAGCGGUGCCGGCCAUUUUGUUUAUAUGGCUGAUAUCGACAUGCCUAUGGUCCUGCUACCUUUGGAUUGCGUGGUGGUUUCAACUAAUCUUGUGCUUCCAGAAUUGGGAUGGGAAUUGGGAAAAAGUGUGCAAAGGGGAGAGGUGAUGCUUCGGUGGUACCUUCCUGAGAUCGGCAACAUAUGCAGCGACUGCGAAGGUGCGGGAGGACGUUGCAAAUUUGACUGGACAAUAAACCAAGCUUCCUGCAGCUUUCCCGAACAGCCUGGUUUAGAUUCUUCAAACAAAAAUCACUCUGCAGGUGAGUCCCUAUAAACUGUUUGCAAAUUUGUAUAAAAAAGCACUCAGCUGAACUAGACAUGUAAGAUAGAAUUUAAUGAUACGUGACAGAUAAAUCAGUUAAGGAUUCAGCUUGACUGGGGAAUUCUAAGUAGAGCAUUGUCUCUGCUAUGGAAUGUAGUUUAAUGAUUUAUUCAAUCUUAUUGGUAUGUAAUCUAAUUAGUA